UUGAUAGAUCCAAACAUAGAUUAUAAUAUUAAUUUGGAGAAAAGAAGUAAAGCAGCAAAAUGGUGUUAGCAGAUCUUGGUCGAAAGAUCACGGACGCUUUGCGUUCUCUGAGCAAUGCAACCAUUAUCAAUGAAGAAGUUUUACAAUCAAUGCUCGGGGAGAUAUGUCGAGCCUUACUCGAAGCAGAUGUCAACAUUCGACUCGUUAAGCAGAUGCGAGAAAAUGUCCGCUCAGCGAUUGAUUUCGAUGAUAUGGCAUCUGGUUUGAACAAGCGUAAAAUGAUUCAAUCCGCUGUAUUCCAGGAGCUUGUGAAACUUGUCGACCCAGGUACAAAAGCAUGGCAGCCAACAAAAGGUAAAGCUAAUGUAAUUAUGUUUGUUGGUCUUCAAGGUAGUGGAAAAACAACGACUUGUACUAAGCUUGCGUAUUAUUAUCAGCGAAAAAAUUGGAAAACAUGUCUAAUCUGCGCGGAUACUUUUCGUGCCGGAGCUUUCGAUCAGUUAAAACAAAAUUCAACGAAAGCUCGUAUUCCGUUUUACGGCAGUUAUACUGAAGCUGAUCCUGUGAUUAUUGCGCAAGAGGGGGUAGAAAAAUUCAAAGAAGAAAACUUCGAAAUCAUUAUUGUCGAUACAAGUGGAAGACACAAGCAAGAAGAUGCUCUUUUUGAGGAAAUGUUACAAGUAUAUAAUGCCGUCGCGCCUGAUAAUGUCAUCUUUGUAAUGGAUGCCACAAUUGGACAGGCAUGCGAAUCGCAAGCAAAAGCAUUCAAGGAAAAAGUCGAUGUUUGUUCUGUUAUCAUUACAAAACUUGAUGGCCAUGCGAAAGGUGGAGGUGCACUUAGCGCAGUUGCAGCUACAAAAUCACCGAUCAUUUUCAUAGGUACUGGUGAACAUAUUGACGAUUUCGAAAUGUUUAAAACGCAACCGUUUAUCCGAAAACUUCUUAAUAUGGGUGACAUUGAAGGCCUUAUCGACAAAGUUAACGAACUGAAAUUGGAUGAAAAUGAAGAACUAUUAGACAAAUUGAAACACGGACAAUUCACUUUACGAGACAUGUACGAACAAUUUCAAAAUAUUAUGAAUGGGCCAUUCAGUCAAAUUAUGAGUAUGAUACCAGGAUUUAACGAUUUCAUGACAAAAGGACAUGAAAAGGACUCGAUGGAACGACUAAAAAAACUCAUGACAAUUAUGGACAGCAUGACAGAUGAUGAACUUGACAGUAAAGAAGGGGCUAAACUUUUCACCAGACAGCCAAGUAGAGUCGCAAGAGUGGCGAGGGGUUCUGGUACCCUACCUAAAGAAGUCAACGAGCUUAUGAUGCAAUAUGGAAAAUUUGCGCAGAUGGUCAAAAAGAUGGGAGGCAUGAAAGGACUUUUUAAACCGGGCGGAAUGGAUAAAAAUGUUAACCCGUCACAGAUGGCCAGACUUAAUACGCAUAUGGCGAAAAUGAUGGACCCAAGGGUUUUGCAUCAAAUGGGUGGCAUGCAGGGACUCACAAAUAUGAUGAGACAGUUUCAACAAGGUGGAGGGCCUGGUGGCAAAUGAUUGAUUUUAAGCAAAAAUACAAUUUAAAAUAAUAUAUUCUAAAGUCUAAAAUCGCAAUUGGAAAAUGGCUUGCAUGAAAGCUCACCAGAUUACUUGAGAAUACUUAGGAUAUAUAUAUGAAAAGUUACAGUGUUUUGCUAUGUUUAAACUCAUAAUGCUCAUUGGAUAUUUAAUUUUUUCUUUAUGCUUCACUUUUUCAAUAAUUGAUAAUGUUAAAGAGUAUGCCAAUAAAUAGGAUUUAUUCCCAAUGGUCCUUUCUAGGCCCGGGGUUCCCACAAUUGUACAAAUAUAAGGGAACAAACUUCCCAAGGAUUUUGACCCAAAGUUGAAAAUUUAUGAUCUGAUGAUGUAAAUUUCCUAUUGUUUAUGUGUUCAUGUCAUUGUUAAAUCCUUUUAUUGGAUUGUGAGCAGAUUUUAAACUAUUGUUGGUUUUCUAGAGAUUAGGAUAUAGAGGAAAACCGGAUAGAUAUUACUUACAGAUGUAAUACAAAGAUAAAUUCUUAAUUUUUGUUUUUAUUAUGGGAAUUUUGGUGUUGCUGUGAAUCAACAAGACUUUUUGUUUUAUUGUACAUUUACUUUAUGUGAUUGAAGGAAAUCAUGCCAGUUUUAUUCUUUAUUAUAUUAUGAGUUUUGUUUCAUGGCGUAUGUGUUUGCAAAUAAGAUAGGAUAUUAUUCACCAGAUAUUUUUGUGAAAAUAUAAGGAAUUUGUGUAUAUAUAUGUACUGGAGAAUACUUUUUUAAGCAGUGGACAUUGCAUAAUAUUUUGUUUUUCUCAUGAUCUCAUUCUUACAAUGCUGUGGACAAGCAGAGUAUUAUGGACAUGACAAUAACGAGGAAAUUUAGUUUGACAACUAAACAGUCGCAUUUUUGUAAAUUUUAAAGAUUUGGUCUGAAUAUCACCAAGCCAGAACCAGCUUCAAUUGAAUUUAAAAUAUUUUCUCAAUAUUUAUUCUUGCGACUACUUUUAUUUACAUGCUCAAUGACAUUGUGUUAGUGAGUCAUGCUGUGUGAUACUAUAGCAAGCAUGGCUAUGGACUCUCUUGAGGCCUAAUUGAGCUAAUUAAGAAUACAGACGAGACUCAGGGGUUGAAAAUUUUGAACCUUCUCGCCACGAAAAUUUUCAUGGCGAAAAAUAAAUUCUUUGCAACCCUUUUACCGCCGUGGUGUAAUUAGCCACUGCUGUGAAUCAUGCACAUUCGGAGAAGUAAUUCUCGCUCCAAUACCAUAAUAAAUUGACUUGACUAAAAACCCCAAUCUCUCACAUUGCGUCGCUAGCGAUGACCAAAGUAACUGGUAGACUUGCACAUUUUUGAAAGAGUGCACAUUACCUUUAAAAACUGUUGUUGCAUUAUUCUGUGUAUGUAUAUUACGGCUUUUUGAUCAAGAAAACUGUCUCUAUAUUUCAGA